CAAAAAACACCGGCGAUGUCUUCCACGGCGAGAAAUAUAUCUGGCGGUGGGAACCGGAAGUCGAGUAGGCUGCAGAGGCGGGCUCCACCACCUCUAAAGAUAAACCCGUCCGAAGCGAAUUGGAAAGUGCCCAUUCCCCUUCUAUCACCUACGGAGUCACCGCCACCGAAGCCACCAAUGGUGACGAAGAGGGAUGAGCAACGGUGGGGAAAAGAGGUGGAGAAGCCUCCAAUUUUCAAGAAGUGGCAGCACCCGGCCGCUCCGUUUUACUACCAGCCAGCGCCGUCGUCGAAUAAGCCGUUUGCAUGGCCAAAUUAACCGUCUCUUAAUUAAUACUAGGGCUACCACAUACAUGCAUAUCUAUAUAUACUUUAUAUGUCGAUCCUAUGGGUUUUAUAAACAUAUAUAUAUUUUAUACGUUAUGUACGUAGCAAUAUAUAUUGAGUUUUAUCUUUAUGCAAGAUGUAUGUUGGGGUUGACGUUGUUUCUUCGUAUAUAGUAUUGAACUCAUGAAAAUAUCCAAGAUGAAAUU